AUGAAGGUCUCCACACUUCUCGGUCUUUUGCCAACAGCAGCUCUUGCACACGACCUCUUAAGUGUUGCUUUCCUCGCGAAAGAGAAGGCCCAAUUAUUGGACUUCGUUUCGGACAAUGCCCACAUCGACUAUGGCUGCCAUCCAGUCGUCAUUCCUACCAAGGAUGAGCACAGACUUCACGCCCUGCUUACCCAGGAGCAAAUCCACCAUUACAAAAGAAGCCUGGAUGCCGGAUCAGUCCGUAUUGAGACUCUUGAUCAUCUGAACAAGCGUCAGGCAGCACCAGCACCAAUUGGAAAAGGUGAUCGUUUCAAGGGAGGGAAGGUCGCCCCUCGCGGGUUGGGUAGCCAGAAGCCGGAUGUGUACGGAUCCUACCAGAGCGCCGGUAUCUUGAACGCCGACGAAGUUUACACAGCUCUGAAGGGUCUAGAAAAAGAGUAUGGCAUGGAAUUAUUCCAGGCGCCAUACAAGACCUUCGAAGGCAACACAGUCUGGGGUGGUGUCGCCAACAAAGCCGAGAAGAUCAAGAAAGACAAGCAGCACAUAUAUUUUACCUCCGGUAUUCAUGCCCGUGAACGAGGUGGACCAGACAACCUGAUUUACUUCAUCUCGGACCUUCUGUACGCCAACAAGCACCGCAAGGGUCUUACAUAUGGCAAUAAGACGUACACCAACUCCGACGUCAAGAAAGCCCUUGGCGCAGGAAUCGUCUUCAUUCCCAUGACCAACCCAGAUGGCGUCCGCCACGACCAAGCCAACAGCAACCUCUGGCGCAAGAACCGUAACCCGGCCUCCGCCAUUGCUGGUGUUCCUGCUAGCGUUGGUGUAGAUCUGAAUCGUAACUUUGACUUCAUGUGGAACUUCACGAAGCACUUCGAUCCUUCAGUCUCCCCCGCAUCAACAAACCCUUCUUCCCAAGCAUUUUACGGUACUGGACCCUUCUCUGAGCCCGAAACACGUAACAUGAAAUGGGUGUAUGACAUCUUCCCAAAGAUCAGGUGGUUCAUCGACGUCCACUCUGCUGUAGGCACGUUGCUGUAUUCCUGGGGUGACGACACCAACCAGUCCAAUGAUCCUAAACAGAAUCUAUUCAAUCCUGCUUACGAUGGUAAGCGUGGUAUUGUUGAUGAUACCUUGUAUGGCGAGUAUAUUGAGGAGGAAGACUGGUACAACAUCGUGCUGGUCGCAAAUCAGACGACUGACGUCAUGUCUGCAGUCGGUGGAAGGUCGUACGAGGCAUCACAGGCCGUCGGUUUAUACCCAACCUCGGGGGCCUCUGAUGAUUGGGCGUCUAGUCGCUGGCAUGGAGACAAGAAGCUGAACAAGGUGUAUGGAUACACCCUGGAAUUCGGUUACCCUACAAACUUCUACCCGACAGCAGAGGAGUACGUUUACAACAUCCUCGAUACCAAUGCUGGGUUCAUGGAGUUCAUCCUUACCGCCGAUGAGAUUGGUCUGAAGGGGUGA